AUGGCUUACCUGAAGCAGGCUCUUUCAUCUCUUCCCCAUCGCUUUAGGGGUACACAGUCCCUAUUUUUCAGGCUGGUGAAAUGGGAAGGUUGCCUAGAUGCUGAUGAAGAAAAUGUGAAUUUUGCCAGAAGGGAUGAGCUUAAUCAGACCCACAGCGAGGAAAAAGAGGAACAAGAUGCUACCAUGACUCUUGAGUUUAAUGUCUCCCACCAGGAUCCAGGAUAUCAAUCCAAGGCUCACAUGCAAGGUGCCCAGAUCAAACUGAUCACCACUUGGGAAGCUGGAUGGAAUGUUACCAAUGCUAUUCAGGGAAUUUUUGUUCUAGGAUUGCCAUAUGCUCUUCUCCACAGUGGAUACAGUGGGCUGUUUCUUAUUAUCCUGGCUGCAAUGUUCUGCUGCUAUACUGGCAAAAUUCUAAUCGCUUGCUUGUACGAAGAAAAUGAAGAUGGGCACCUCAUAAGAGUGAGAGACACAUAUGAAGACAUUGCUAAUGCCUGCUGUAAAAAGCGAUUUCCCAGACUAGGCGGCAUAGUUGUCAAUGUGACCCAGGUGAUGGAACUGAUCAUGACCUGCAUUUUGUAUCUGGUUGUUAGUGGGAACUUGCUGUCACAUAGUUUUCCAUAUUUACGAGUGACGGAGAAAACUUGGUCUGUAAUUGCGUUUGUAACAUUGCUGCCUUGUGUGUUUAUCAAAACUCUAAGCAUUGUUUCCAAACUCAGCCUGCUGUGCUCCUUAGUCCAUUUCAUUAUCAUCUUCAUAGUGAUGAGUUACUGUCUGACACAAAUACAUCAGUGGUCUUGGACAAGAUUUAGACUCUCCAUUGAGUUUGAGGAUUUCCUGGUCUCAGUGGGGGUGAUCAUUUUCAGUUACACUUCACAAAUAUUUCUUCCUACUCUUGAAGGGAACAUGAAAAACCCAAAGGAAUUUAGCUGUAUGUUGAACUGGACUCACUUUUUUGCUUGUCUCUUCAAGACAGCCUUUGCACUGACUGCAUUCCUGACCUGGGGUGAAGAGACAAAGGAAGUUAUUACUGACAACCUGCCAUCAUCCCUGAAAACCCUGGUGAAUUUGUGCUUCUUAGCCAAGGCUCUUCUGUCCUACCCACUGCCCUUUUUUGCAGUCACAGAAAUACUGCAUACUUGCAUAUCUAGCAGUAAUCGUUCUAAUUACAGAGACCCUCUGUUUAUUGUAGUUUUAAGAGGCUUGGCCCUCUUGUUCACUCUGCUGAUGGCCAUGUUCAUACCACAUUUUGCUCUGCUGAUGGGUUUAACAGGCAGUGUAACAGGUGCUGCUAUGACUUUUCUUCUUCCUUCUCUUUUCCACUUAAAACUUAAAUGGGGAAAGUUAGUGUUCUUGGAGAAAUGUGCAGCCAUUUCGCUUUUUAUUGUGGGUUUCCUUUGCAGCUUAGCGGGUAUAGUCUGCUCAAUAAAAGGGCUGAUUGAAGCAGUUGGAAGAAUGUAG